AAAGAAGAAGACUUUUUAACAGUGUUGAUUUGACAUUACGAGAAGUUAAACGUGUUGGAAAACGAGCGGUCGCAAUUUUAGAAAUACACGAUAAAAAUAAAUUUUACAUUUUUAUAUUAAUUUAAAAUUUUUGUGUGUUUAUACGAGAUAGACAACAAAAACUAGAAAAUAAACAACAUUAAACGAUUUAAGCCUAAUUUAAUUAUAAAUUAAUGGUUACAACUUAAGCUUAAUAGUGAAAACUAAUAAAAAUAUAUUUUAUUUUGUACGAAAAAAAAUACAAAAAUAAAAUUUUUCGAACUGUUGCGCACACACCUUUUCAUAUAACCAUAUAUAUAAAGGCAAAUAAUACAAAAAAAAAACUGAAAAGUAAAUACGAUAAAAAUAUAUAAAAAAAAGCCAAGUCGCGCAAAGUGUACGUACAUAAAAUAAUAAAAAAAUUAAAGAAAGAUAAGAAAACACAAUAAGAAAGAAAACAAGCAACAAAAUUAGUGAAUGAGCUCACACAAAGUUUUGGCAAAGAGCAAAACAAAACAAACAAAAAUGCAAUAACAAAGUAAAGGAACAAAAAUAUAAACCGCAAAAAACGACGAAAAAAUCCAAAACUAUUUUUAACGCAAAAAAUUAUAUUAUAAAAGAUAAAAGCAAAAGAAAAUAAAGAAUUAAAAGAAAAUUACGUGUUGCCUGAAAUAUUUUUGUUGAGUGAAUUUGCUUUGUUGAAAAAGUUGAAAAGAGAAUAAAAAUUAAUAGAAGGCAAAAAAAAGAGCGAGCAAAGUAAAUGAGUGUGUUUACUUUAAGAAAAAUGCAUUACUGAUAAUAAGAAGAAGAUUUAAAAAAACAUCACUACAAACGGCAAAAAUACGAGUCAUCAAUUAAAUUUGUGUUUUCUUAAUUUUCUUUUUUGUGUUGAAAAUUCAGUUUAAUUUUCGUCUUUUCUUUUGAAAUAGUGUUAAUUUUUCUAAACACUAACAAACCAGUGCAAUAUUUCUAUAAGAAAAACACAAGAUUUUAAAACAAAAUUAAUGGUUAAAAUUUAGAAAAAUUUUUCUUUUACCGCAGCAUACCGCCCAGUGUUUUUACAAUAAAUUUUCUUUUAUUCACAAAUUAGUUGUCGUUAUUUUUUUUUUUUAAAUCACUUCACUAAAAAGAAAUUAUAUUUUCUGAAAAAAAUUAAAUAUAAUACGAAUUAAAGUGCAUUUUUUGUGUGAAAUUUUUUAAAUAUAUUUUAUAUUUAAAAUAUUUGUCUUUUAACAAAUCCUGAUUUGUUGAAAUCAUCCAGCUAUCUCUAUUAAUUUCCAACAUCAGAGGAUCAACACAUCGAUUUUUUUUGUGUUUGUUUUUAAAUUUAUUUAUUUCUUCUGUAAACAACAUUUUAUGCUUAAAUGGAUGCAACAUCUAUAAUCACACAAGUCGCCCGCGAUGAUGAACAAUUGAAUGUCUAUCCCAAUGAAAAAGAUGACGUGGAACGUUUAAAACCACAAAAACGCGGUUUCUUUCAAUCAAUUUUAUGCUGUUGGCGGCGUAAUCGUACAAAAACAAAUCAAAAUGGCACACCCAUUGACGGUUCAACAACACCGCCACCAUUACCGGACCAACAAAGGUACCUACUACCUCAGGUUAGGCAUUCGGAUAUGCACAAAAAAUGUAUGGUUAUCGAUUUGGAUGAAACAUUAGUGCACAGUAGUUUUAAGCCAAUUCCAAAUGCUGAUUUUAUUGUACCAGUUGAAAUUGAUGGCACCAUUCAUCAGGUGUACGUUUUAAAACGGCCCUAUGUUGAUGAAUUCCUACGAAAGAUGGGCGAAUUAUAUGAAUGUGUAUUAUUUACAGCAUCACUAGCCAAAUAUGCAGAUCCAGUUGCCGAUCUGUUAGAUAAAUGGAAUGUUUUUCGUGCAAGACUGUUUAGGGAAUCAUGCGUUUAUUACAGGGGUAAUUAUAUUAAGGAUUUAAAUCGCCUUGGACGCGAUUUACAAAAAAUUGUUAUUGUUGAUAAUUCACCAGCUAGUUAUAUAUUUCAUCCAGACAAUGCGGUUCCUGUGAAAUCAUGGUUUGAUGAUGCCAGUGAUUGUGAACUAUUGGAACUGAUACCUUUGUUUGAGAAAUUAAGCAAAGUCGAUUCUGUAUAUAGUGUUUUGUGCAAUUCAAAUAAUCCCUUAAACAAUCACAAUCAACAGCAGCAGCAACAACAACAGCAACAACAACAAGCACAGAACCAACAGCAACUGCAGCCAACACCACAACAUCAAAUGAAUCAACAACAACAGCAGCAGCAACAACAGACUAUAACAGCAACAACUAUUAUAACUCAAGCUUCAACAUUAUCCACGCCAACAAUAUUAACGUCACAGCAACAGCAGCAAAUACAACAGCAACAACAACCAGGAAGUCCGCCCAAUUCAAAUGAUUUAAACAAUAAAACGUAACAUCAGUGGGAAUUAAUGUUUAUAAAUAUUUAAUUUUCAAAAAUUAAAAAAACCCAUUUUUUUGUUUAAAAAUUAUAAAAAAAAAGUGAAAAAAAAAUUGCAAAAAAAAUAAGAAUUGAAAAUAAUGCAUAUUAUAUAUACUAUAUAUAUUUUUUAAAAAAUAAUUUAUUUUUUAAGAUUUUAUUUGUUGAAAAAAGAAAAAAAAAUAACAUUAACAGAAUUAUUUUUUAUUUUCUUAAGUUGUUUUUAUUUAACAUUUAUUUAACUUGACACAUUUUGUUGUUUUAAAAGCGAUAUUUUUUUUCAAAUGAUUUAAGAAAAAUUUAAAGAAUUUACGGUAAAUUUGAAAAUUUGUUAUUUAAGAACGAUUUCGACUUUAAAAAGAAAAUUAACAAAAAUUCAGCAAUCGAAAUUAUUAAAUUGUAAAAUAUGACACUCAAAAACUAUUUGAUUUUAAAUAAUUGUAAAUAUUGCGAUUUCGAACUAAAUACUUUAUUAAAUGAAAGUAAUCAACUGAGAGCUAUUGGUUCUUAUUCGAUAAUAUGAAAUUUUAAAGUUUAUUUGGACAUUACGAAAACAAAUGAAAACUGUACUAAUUCGAACUAAAAAUUUAUAAUAAAAAAAAAAUUAUAAAACCAUCGAGUUCUUAUUUAUAAGUAUAUUUAAAAUCAAUUCGAAAAUAUGAAAUUUAAAUUAAAAUAAAAAAAAAAUACUAAUAAAGAAUAUUAACAACUUAGAGCAAUUGGUUCUUAUUCAAAAUUAUAUGUUUUCAGAAUGGUUCGAAACAAAUUUAUGUACCUUUUAAAAGUGAUCUGUUGGUAUUAAAUAAAAAUCUUAAAAUCACUUCUUAAAAUAUGGUUAGUUUAUUUUAAGAAAUUAUUAAAUGAAAAGAAGCCAAUUCGAUUCAAUUAUUUACUUAUGUUAUGUUGUAUUUAACAUUAUUAUUUGACAUUUCUUGAGGUAUUAUCAGAUUUUUAUACAGACAGUUUUCAUUUUAUCUUUAAUCUAGUACGAAACUAUCGUAGGCGUAAGACGUUUACGCCAACCACGAUAAGGAUGAAUAAUUUGAAAACUAUGACAGCUACUACAUUUCACUCCGAUUAUUCGAAGCUCUUUAGAAAUAGAUUAUUAUUUAUUUAAUUAUUAUUUUCAAAAAGUUAUUUGGUGAUUCAAUUAUAAUAUAUUUUUUUUAAAUUAUACAGUUUCGAACACAAAAAACUAAAUUUUAUAAAUAUUUUGGUGCCAUAUUGAAAAAAAAUGGCUUUUAUUCUGUAAUAGUGUUGGGCAUAAUCGUUCGUUUUACCGAUUGUUCAUAUUUAUUCAGAACAAAUAUGUAUUUGCAGAACAGGUGAUAUUUUUAAAUAAGUUUUUUUCAAAAUAUAAGCGGUAAUAAUCUACUGUAAUUUCAAACGAAUAAAGUCAAAAAAAGAACAUCUUCUCACAAACUUGUGAAUAUAUUUCUUAUAUGGAAAACUUCAUGUUAAUAUCGAAUUAAAAUGCCAGUUAUAUACCACCAGUCUUGAACACAUUCCGUUCGGAAUGUUUUCCAUUUCGUAGUUACUAUUCCUAUCGCUUUAGUUUCUUCAAAUUCCGUUAAUUUUAUAACUUCGCAAAACUUUUAAUAAGUCUAUUUACUUCAAUUUUAAAUUGAAAAAGCUUUUUGCAUUACAAAACCAAAACGUAAUGGAAUUUAUAAGAAAUACAAAAAAAUAUCAGUACCACUUGUAAAACUAGAAGUGAAUUCAUUUCGAAAAACGUUUUCGUUUUAUUUUUUCCAAAGCGGCAAAUUGCGGAAUUAAUUCCACUUUCGAUCAGAAUGUAAUGCUGUGACAGCAGGGAUAAACGUAAGACAUUUAUCGACGUUGACAUUCGAAAAAAACUUUAUUAAAAUAUGAUCAAAAUUAAAGUUUUAAUACACUAUUUCAAUAAAUUUUAAAUGAAUGGAAACUAAUUCCAAAUUAAAAUAAAUUAUUUUACAAAUAUAUUCCUCCAUUUAAGAGGAAUAUCUGUGUUCUAACAUAAUAACAUUCGGAAUAAAUGGUUGCAUUCCAAAAUCAAAUAAGUUUCAAGGAAUUAGACAAACAAAUGAAAAUGUUUUCAGUCAGUUUGAAAAAGAAAUUAUAAAAUUAAUUUGUUUUAAAGUUAAACUGGAAUUCGAAAACUAAAAUUACGAAUUUCUAUGUUAAAUACACUAAUUAUUCGAAAGUGUUUUAUUUUGAAUCAUAUUACGAAGUAACUCCUCUGUUUCAGAGCUUAAAAUUAAUUUAUUAAAUUUGAGUUUAAUUCACUAAAAUAUUAAUUUGGAAUUAAAAAAUGUCAGCUGUUCAUACCAUAAAUCCAUUCCGAACAUAUAAUUCUUUAGCUUCAUUCAUCGUUGAAUUAAUUCAUAUGAUUCAAUUUUUGUUAAUUGAAAUCUAAUCCAAACUGAAUUAAAAUUUUUUUUCUUUGCUUUAAUCAUUUUCAAAAUUGACUUAAUCCUUUUUGUAAUAGAUUUGAAUUGAAGAAAAAAUUUAAUCAUUCAAUACAUUUUCAAGACUAUUAUCAGGCCUGUCACAGCAAACCAUUUCAAUCGAAAGUGGAAAUAAUUCCGUAUUUCGCUUAUUUAGAAAAAGUAGAAUGAAAAUUUCUUUCGGAAUGAAUUGGAAUUGACAUUUCCAAUUUAUUACUUGUUUUUCUUAAAAUUUUAAUCAAUUUCUGUACCAAAUACUUCACUUUUGUUUUAAUAUAAAAAACGCUGUCAAAUUAAAAUCAGAAAUACAGAAUUAUUAAAUAUUUUUGGAAUUAACAAAUUACACGGAAUCUAAAGAACCUAAAACUAAAUCGAUCGGAAUAAAAACUACGGAAUUGAAACCAUUCGAACAUUUUGCUGAUUCAACAAGGAAUUAAUUCUAUAAAGAUUAAAUUCUUAAAAGAAUGAAUGAACUUUUGGAGUACAAAGGAAUUAAGCCUAUGAAUUAAUUCAUAAUGAAUUCGUUAACGGAAUGGUUAAGAUAUACCCCCAUAUGCAUAAACAGUUUAUAAAUUUAUCAAAGGUUUAUGAAACAGAUUUUGUAUGGAAAUUUUGUUUUAUAAACCUUUGAUAAAUUUAUAAACUGUUUAUGCAUAUGGGGGAUAGCUUUUAUUUUGAUGUUGGAAAUGGAAUUAAGAAUUCUUCCGAACCUUUGCCCUGUUUUUACUUAAUUUUCGAAAAUUAUUAAAUUUCGAAAGCAGCAUUUUUGUUAUUUAUUUUUUAAAUAGUAAUAAUAUUCUUUGAAUUAUUACAGAUUAAUUGUAAUAAAUGAACUUGACCAAAAUUAAAAAUUUACUUUCAAACCACUUCCUAUUGGUAAACCUUAUUUUAUUUCAAAAUAAGUAUUUUUAUUCUAUAUUCUAAGAAACAUUUUUAGAAUUUGACAAAAAGAAAUGUUAUUCAAAAUAAAAAACACAGAUUACAACUAGAUAGGUAACAGAGUGCCAAAAUCUUAAGUGUGUUGUCAAAAACGUAAUUCUUGAGAAUGUAAUGAAAAGAGAGUAAUUUUGUUGAAUUUUUUUCAUUGACAUUUCUCUCACCUUCCGUUCUAUAUAUUUAUUCUAUGAUAUAAACCACAGAUUACACAGAUAUGAAUCACAUGAUACCAGUAAUAUGGAAACAGAAACCAAAUAAAAGAAAAUGCCAAAUGAUUCAAUGAAUUGGAACAACUCAAUUCAAUUUGAUCGAAAACUGUAAACCGAAACGGAGUAACUUUUUCAAAAUGAAUUCAUAUAUUUUGAAUUUCUUUAAAUCGAAUUUAUUUACUUUCGAGUAAAUAAACUUUUAUCAAUGUACUAAUCGGGCGACUGGAACCUCAAAUUAUUUUUAAAAUACUCGAUUUACAGAAAUUUAUUACAUUUUUUUUUAUUUAAUUUAAUUUUAUUUAAAGAUUUUCGAAUUUGAGUAAGAAAUUCACAUUUUUUGGUGUUCCGUAAAUCGAAUCUAUAGGGAUUUACUCGUUUUACAUUCGAGUAAACCAGACUGUUUCAAUGUACAAAAACGUGCGGCUUGCAGAACAUCAAUUAUACUUUUUUGAAAAUCGAUCGGUUUCGAUAUCACUCAAUUUACAGAACAGGGGCGAUUAUAUUUAAAAGCUUUCGUUUCAAAAUCAAUGAAAAAAGUUUAAAAUUUUGUUCCAAAAACUUGAAAAUUUUUUAUUGGAAUUUUUUAAUCCUUUUUCUGUGGAAACUUUAAGAAUUUAAAAAAUAAACAACUCUAUUUAAUCAGCUGCGAAUUUAAUUAAGAUGAAAUUCGUUUGUUAUGGACUGUUUUAACGAACUCCUGGAGAGUUUUUUUGUUCCAAAAACUUGAAAAUUUUUUAUUGGAAUUUUUUAAUCCUUUUUCUGUGGAAACUUUAAGAAUUUAAAAAAUAAACAACUCUAUUUAAUCAGCUGCGAAUUUAAUUAAGAUAAAAUUCGUUUGUUAUGGACUGUUUUAACGAACUCCUGGAGAGUUUAUUGGUAACUCAGUUCGAAAUGCUUACAUGUUUUCAAUUCAAAUUUACCGUUUUUACUUUAAAUUCUUUAAUUUUUGCAAUAUUUUAACAAUUUUUAUUUAAUACUUUAAAUUUUAUUUAAUUUCAUUGAAAAAAUCCGCAAACUCUAAAAGAUCAUUAAAAAAAUUUAAAAUUUUUUUCUACAUGUAUUUAAAUAUUAAAUAACAAACUUUAUAUACAUAUAAAGAAGAAGAAAAAACAACAACAAACUAUGUAUUUGUAUACAUAAUAUAUAUAUAUACAUACAUACUAAUUUAUAUAUAAAAAAUGGUUAAACCCUUUAAUUUUAUAACAAACAAAAAAUAUAAGCAAAAAUCUAUAUAUUUGCAAUAAAAAAAUAAUAAAAUUAUUAAUACAAAAGAAACAAAAAAAAAAAUCAAAUAUUUAUAUAUUUUUUAAUAAAUAUCUAAAAAAGAAAAAAAUAUAUAUAAUAAAUGGAAUAUAUAAAAAACAACAUAUUUUUUAAUACAAUCUUAAAUAUAAAGAAAAAUAUAUAUAUGAAGAAAAAACUACUAAAUACUACUUCCCUGCCCUCAUUCACAUAUUAACUAAUAAUUAAUAACAGAAAGAAACAAAUAUAAAAGAAAUAUAAAUAAAAACCCACAAAUACCAGAAAUCCUUAAUUAUAAUUUAAAAACCCGCCUAAAGGUAUAAGAGAGUUUUUUUUUGUAUUAAUUUACCCACAAUAUUUAAAUUUUAAUUUAAAGCCGAUUUUGAGGGCCUUGAGCUUAAAGAAAAAAGCUUCAACAUAAACAAGAGUCUUUAUUUCUUAUAAUUAUAAAUAUUUUUUUUAAUUUUUAAUCCUUUUUGUUUUAACACAUUUUUUUAACAAAAUAAAACGUGUGUGUGUUUUUUGAAUUAAACAAGUAACAAACAAUUAAUUUAAUUUUGUUUAUUCAUUUUUAAAUUAACUUCAUUAUUUUAACUUAUAUGAUUUUUUUUAAUUUAUAUAAAUAUAUUUUCUAAUUUAGUUAAAAAUUGAAAUAAUAAUUAAAAAAAUAAUAUUAAGUUUUAAGCUUAAACACGAAAAAAAAACAACAAAUUCAGAAAAUCAAAAUGAUAAUAAAGUUUUAAUUUACCACCAAA